AUGAUUGGAAACUCGAUAGCCAAGCUGCAGCCUUUUGAAAAUUGUCAAAAUAACCGAAAAUUGACUGAAAAAUACUAUUUUGUAUACUUUAUUGACCGACGAGUUGAGCAAGGUUUGGGCAAGUUGCCAGUAGCCCUAUCAUUCGGAGAAGGCCCAAGAGCUCCAGGACCAGCUGGAGAUACCGGAUCCCCAGGACAACCAAGAGGACCAGGACAGCCAAAGCGUCCAGGAAAGAAUGCUCAAGGAGGAUCUCGACGUCCAGGACUACAUGGGCCACCAGGACCACGUGGACCACCUGGAAACAAUGGAGCACCAGGUGGUGGAUACGGAGUUGGACCACCGGGACCACCUGGACCAAAUGGACGGCGAUGA